AUGACUCUUGUUGUGCUUAAAAGUCUUAGAACACUUGUAUGGGGUCCACCACCAGAAACUAAAUUAGAAAGAAAUCUAUUGUUCAAAAUUGAUUGGUUUGUUUUAAGUUAUACAUGUUUAGCAUUUUGGUGUCUUGCCAUUGAUACUUCAAAUGUUUCAAAUGCUUAUGUUUCUGGUAUGAAAGAAGAAUUAGGUAUCAAAGGUAAUCAAUUCAAUAUCAUAAAUACUUGUUGGACAGUUGGUUAUGUUGUUGGUAUGAUUCCAAAUAAUUUAAUUCUUUUAAAAAUUAAACCAAGUAUUUGGAUGAAUUUUUGUAUGUUUAUAUGGGGGAUUUUCACAUUAGGUAUGUUUAAAGUUAACAAUUGGAAACAAAUUUGUGCUUUAAGAUUUUUCCAAGCUGCUUUUGAAUCUGUUAUAUUUUCUGGUAGUCAUAUGAUAUUAGGUGCAUGGUAUAAACCAAAUGAAUUAAGUAAAAGAAGUGCCAUUUUCACUUCAAGUGCAUUAAUUGGUGGUAUUUUUUCAGGUUCUAUGCAAGGAAGGAUCCAAAGUACUAUGCAUGGCUUAAAAGGGUUAAGUGGAUGGAGAUGGUUAUUUAUUAUUGAUUUUUUAAUUACAUUUGUUGUUGUUAUUUAUGGAAUACUUUGUUUCCCUGAUACUCCAGAACUUUGUCAUAGGAAAUUCAUAUUCAGUGAUGAAGAAAUUCAAUUAGCUAGAUCAAGGGUUAUUAAACCCCCACCAAUUAGAUUAGAUAGAACUGUUUUUCUUAGAGUUUUAAAAAAUUGGAAAUGGUAUGGAUUUUCUUUAUUAUUUACAUUAGCUGGUGAAAAUAUUUCAUGGAAUGCAAAUUCUAUAUUUGCCCUAUGGUUAACUUAUAAUAAAUAUCCAAUACAAGAUAGAAAUUAUUAUCCAAUGGGUAUUAGUGCAGUGGGUAUUAUAUCAUCAUUUAUUUCAGGGAUUUAUAUUGAUAUGACACAUAAAUUCCUUCAUAUUGCCCUGAUUGUUUCAACUGUGUUAUUAAUCUCUACAAUAUUAAUAUGGUCAGCCCCAUUAAACACAACUGCUGUAUUCAUAGCACAUUAUUUAACAGGGAUAAGUUAUUCAGUUCAACCAGUUUUUUUUGCCUGGUGUAAUUUAUCUAUACAAAAUGAUGCAGAAUUGAAAAUUGUCACAUUAGCUUCAAUGAACAUGUUUAGUAAUGCAGUUAAUGCCUGGUGGGGGCUUUUGUUUUUUGCAGCAGAUCAAGUACCAUUAUCUAAAAGAGGUUGUUAUGCCAUGUUGGCAACAAUUAUAACUACUCCAUUAGUUGCAUUGGGUAUUAACUAUGGCUUAACCAGAGAAAAACGUAGAAAAGAGCAAAUUUCACACGAAGAAUUGGAAAGUCAGACAAGUGUGGUCGAAAUAGAACACAAUGGUAUAGAUAAACAAUGA